CUUAUAUAAACCCUGCCGUAGUAACUUGAUGCAUGCUAUCCCCAGGAGAAGAAAUUGCCAGGAUUCCGUUUCCCACCCCAUGGAAUCCAGUCAAGCGGACCAGAUCUUACCCCGCUGCCACGUGGUCGCCAUCCCGUACCCCGGCCGAGGGCACAUCAAUCCAAUGAUGAGCGUGUGCCGGCUCCUCGCCUCCCGCGGCCUCCUCGUCUCCGUCGUCCUCACCGAGGAGUGGCUCGGCUUGCUCUGCUCCGGCUCCGCGCCGCCACCGUUGCCCAACCUUCGGCUCGUCUCCAUCCCCAACGUCAUCCCCUCCGAGCGGAGCCGCGGAGCCGAUCUGAACGGCUUCUUCCAGGCGGUCUACACCAGGAUGGAGGCCCCCGUCGAGCGGCUCCUCGAGCGGCUCGAGCCGCCGGCUGACUCUAUCGUGGUGGACGCUAACCUCGUGUGGGCGGCCGAGAUCGGGAGGCGGAGGAGUAUUCCGGUGACGUCGUUUUGGACGGAAGCGGCUUCCGUGCUUUUAGCCUUGUAUCGUUACGGCGAGCUCGACGAUGGGGGGGAAACACCGGUCGACUUAUCAGAUAGAGAAGAGGAAGCUCUAAGCUUCAUUCCUACUCCAGUUUCCUUUUCUUCACAUUCAACUGACUUCACGUUUUUCACGCCCGGCCAAGACAGCUUUAAGAAAAUCAUACCGACCUUCUCUUGGUUCAACAUAGCUCAAGGUCUCCUCGUCCCCACUUUUUAUGAUCUUGAAAGCCAUGCAAUAGAUACUCUCAAGUCCAAGCUCCCUCUCCCCAUCUAUCCAAUAGGUCCUUGUAUUCCCUACAUGACACUAGACAAUCCACAAUGCAACAACAACUCCAGGAGCGACUACAUCAAGUGGUUGGAUUCUCAACCAAAAAGCUCAGUUCUCUACAUUUCUUUAGGCAGCUUCAUGCCAAUAUCUGGCACUCAGAUGGAAGAGAUGGCAUCAGGGAUUCACGCAAGCGGUGUUCGAUUCUUAUGGAUCGUGCGUGAAGAGUUUAAGCUUCUUCAAGAGCUGAGUGGAGAGAUGGGCUUAGUGCUGCCAUGGUGUGACCAACUAAGGGUGCUGUGCCACCCUUCCGUCGGUGGUUUCUUGACGCAUUGUGGCUGGAGUUCGACGAUGGAGGGUGUAUUUGCUGGCAUACCGAUGCUUACCUUCCCUUUGAUAUGGGAUCAAUUCCCAAACAGUAGGCUAAUUGUGGAUGAUUGGAAGGUUGGUGUCAGGGUAAAGAUUUCACAAGAGCAGGUUGUAGGGAGGGAAGAGAUUGCAAAGGUGGUGCAUGACUUGAUGAAUUUAGAUGCCUUGGAGAGCAAGGAACUAAGGAGAAGGGCCAAGGAGCUCAAGGAGAAGUGUCACAGGGCAUUGGGCGAUGCUGGCUCAUCAACCACCAAUCUCAAUGCCUUUGUACAAGAAAUUUUGGACAAAAAAUGUGGCAAUGCUUGACAACAUGACACUAUUGACUUGUAUGACUAAAGUACUCAUGUUUGGAGGCUUACCACACCUAGAUGCUUUGCUAAGACAUGCCGACAGAACCAACCUUUGUUGUUUGAGCAAUAUUUCUCUAUUUGAAAGGUUCUUCUAUUUCUUCUUUUGAAAAAUAAAUGGUUCUUUCAUUUCAUCAA